CACAUCACUAAAGAAUAGCAUAAUUUAACAUAAACCAAAAUUGUUUUGCAUUUUGACAAUUUGCAAACAUGGAAAGAAUUUGUCGAGUGUGCUCGAAAAGAUCCAGCUACCUUGUGGACAUAUUCGACAAGCAAGAGUCGGAGCAGAAGGAACUGAUAACUGAUAAAAAACAAAGCGAAGAACUCAUUCUUCCGAAUGAAAACGAAGACGUAAUCAAGUUGGAAAAGGAAGACAAUCCUGCACAGAGUUGGAAGUCUACAGAAGUCGAGGAGAACGAUGAUUUGCUCAGGACAGUAUUGUGGCGGAGAAAGUCUAAUCAGAGGGAGUAUUAAGAAAGAGAGGAACAUUGAACAUGAGGAGGAGUUCAUUGUGUCUGAAUUAGACGAGCAGACCUAUGCUAAUGAGUUCCUAUUUGAAGAUAUUAUAAUCAAGGAAGAGGCUUGCUUAACUGAAUUUUAUCCAGAAAACAGCAAUGAUGUUGGCCAGGUACCUUUAAAAAAAUUGGAUUAUUGGUAUCGAUGUCCCCACUGUCCAAAGAAGUGCAAGAAAAUUGAAAAUCUUAAAAAGCACAUGCCUACACAUACUGGCGGACUCCCUCACAAGUGUCUCUAUUGUCCAAGGACGUUUAAUAUGUCCUAUUACCUUAAGAUUCACCUUCGCGCUCAUACCAAAGAAGGACCCUUAAACUUUCCCGAAUGCCCAAAGACCUUUGCUGGCAAUAGAGCUCUAAAAGACCACAGUCGGAUUCAUACAAGCAAGGACAACCAUGUUCAGGAUUCAAAGUCGAAUCUACUUCUUAAAAAUGGAGACAAUGCUGAUUCCCUGAGAACUUUAAUCAAUAAUAAAUAUCCAUGUGAGAUUUGCGUUAAUGAAUUCAAUCGUCAGGAAAGUCUCACUAUGCGUACACGAGGCCAUGGAAAACGUCAGUAUAAGAAUCAACCGCGUCACAAGAGGGUUCAUAAGCUCGAUAGUUUAUACCAUUGCAUAUGUUCAAAAACCUUUUUGCACCAUAAGAGACUGCUUAAACACACUCGAGUGUCUAAUUUACUAGAGUCCGUCAACAUGUACCAAAAUACCAAAAUCACUUGCCACUUACUCACGUACCUAUGCUCUAAAUAGGCAUGUUUUCUAAGUACUUAGUAUUUAUAAUAAAUGUAAACCGA